ACUGUGUUGCGGCCCCUUUAAAGACAACUCCCGCGUUCGGAGUUGAACGGAAAUAGAAAGACUGUUUUUCCUCUAUUUAAGCGCGCCAACAAAGACUUCCACACACGAUUUGAGUGUGUCUUCCAUACACCCAGCAUUUGUUGAUUGUGGUACCCGGCCCGGUAUUUCCUCCAAUCUUCCGAAACAUGCCUGAGGAAACGUCUGUCGCGUCAAGCUCUGGGAGCAGCGUGGACGAGAAGCCGUGCUCGUCGUCAGCACCGGCGACAGACGGCUGUUCUGUAGACGUCAUGGAGGAGGCAAAGAAGCUCAUCGGUACAGGGAACAGACAUCUCGUGAUGGGUGACGUUGUCGCUGCAGUCGGUGUCUUUCAGGAUGCGUGCGGCAUGUUAGCUGCCAAGUAUGGAGACACUGCAGAUGAAUGUGGCGAGGCCUUUUUCCUGUGUGGGAAGUCCCUGCUAGAGCUUGCCAGGAUGGAGAACACGGUCCUUGGAAAUGCCCUGGAAGGAGUCCCAGAGGAAUCUGAAGAUGAGCAGCCCAGUAACUCAAAUAUUGAGAGUGCAAAUAACCUUGAUGAAAAUACUCGCGACGAGCUACGAAAACAGGUGUAUGAUGCAAUGGAGGCGAAGCCUGAGGAGGUAGAAAGAAAACCGGAGUCGGAUGUGAAGAGCGGCACUGAGGUGAAGCAGGAAAACGUCUUUUCGAAGUCAUCACCCAAACAAGCUGGGGAUGACUCUCAGAAGCCCUCAGCUUCCCAAUUGAAUGGCGCGGUCAAGAGUCUGGAUGAAGAGGAUGAUGACAGUGACGACGACGAUGAUGAUGAGGAAGUGGACAAAAAUGGUGACAAGGAGGAGGAUGAAGUUGGAAAUCUGCAAUUGGCUUGGGAAAUGCUUGAGGUGGCAAAGGUCAUCUAUAAGAGAAAGGAAAGCAAAGAAGACCAGCUCAUGGCAGCCCAGGCCUUUUUGAAACUUGGAGAAGUUGGUGCAGAAACGGGCAACUAUCCUCAGGCACUAGAAGACUUCCAAGAGUGUUUGGCCCUGCAGCUCAAGUAUCUUCCUCCUCACAGUCGUCUGCUGGCUGAGACCCAUUACCAUGUUGCCACAACACUGUGCUACAUGGAUCAGUACAGCCAGGCCAUUCAGCACUACAAUAGCUCCAUAAAAGUGAUCGAGACCCGCCUGGCCAUGUUGCAGGACUUGAUUGAUGCAGCAGAGGGCACCGAAGGGGCAAAAGAGGCCACAACUGAGAUGGAAGAACUCAAGCAGCUUCUGCCUGAUAUUCGAGAAAAAAUAGAAGAUGCAGAAGAAACCCAGAAAACAUCCAGUGCUGCCUCCCAGGCAAUUCAACAGACCCUUGGUGGUGCUUCAACCUCCUCGGCAUCCCGGAGUGAAAAUGGCAACCCCUGUUCAGCCCUUGCUGCCACCUCACAAAUCCCAGUGAAAUCAGCUGAUGGUGGAUCAUCUUUGAAAGUGGCCUCAGACAUCUCUCACCUCGUCAGAAAAAAGAGGAGAGCAGAGGAGAACAGCCCAGUAAAGGACACUGAUGCUAAGCAGGCCAAACAGGAAGCCACAAUUAAUGGCAGUGGAGACUCUAGUGCCAACAAUGGAAUUGAGGAGCAAAAAUCAAAGGAGACUGCUGUCCAGUCGCCCUCUGUCCAGUCCUCAGCGUGACAAGCCACCUCUUUCAUGCGCUUUGAAAACCAGCAUGCAACUGUUAUUCAAACACUUGUAAAUAAUAACAAUUUUCAUUGACUUGUCUGUCCAGUUUUGUACACUUUCAGUAAAACAAUUUUCAAAUGCA